GUCUAUACCAAUUUUCAUAUAUCGUCAAUAUUAACUCAUAUUACUAAUACUAAUAGCAAACGGAUCAAAAUAGAUCAAAAUUAAAGGUUUUAACUGAAAGAUUUUGUUUAUUUUUGCUUAUCAGUUAUUGUUAAUAAUUAAUAAAAUAUUAAAAAUCUUUUGUGAUCCGUUUUGAUCCAGGCUUAGGAAUGAAAGGAAAUUUUAUUAAAAAGUAUUUAUGUCAAACAGUGAAAUAACAGUUGCUUGAUACGGAUUUAGUUCGUAUGAUCUUAAUUUUCUCGCUGGAAAAUCUAAUUAUAUUUGUUUUAAUGCAAAACUACAACAUGUUGACAGAGUCGAUAGAGCAGUAAUUCGUUGAUUUGUAUCAAGGUACAACGAUAUACUUAGAUGUAUACUCAUGUUCGCCAAACGUAUAAUCAACGAGGCUCGUGGGGGCCUAGUUGUUGGUAAUCGAUGCUGGUUUCAAUUAAUUCAGCAUCCAAUGUAUCUAUUGAGUGAAAUAAUUAUAUUGCAAAAAGGCUUAGAAUGCAACAGGACCAGUCAAUAGAUUUUUCACUUUGGACAACAAGACCAUUUUUAAAAUCUAAAGAUAGAAGCGAUUUUAGUGAAACACUUAAAAUGUUUGCAUCAAAAAAACAAAUGUCAAACAGCACCUUUUACGCGGAGUUGGAGCCUGAUGAAGUAAUGGAUACAAAAAGUGAUCUAAAUGAAUCGAAGAAAUGCCAGGAUGAAGAUUCCAGUCAUUCCAACAUGUUAGCACAAGAUAAGAAACAGGAAGAUUAUGAUGGACAUUCAUUCCAUAAAAUUGCUUCCUUCAGAGGUUUCCCACGAUUUCGUUCAUUUGUAAUGUCAGCUGGAAGUUCAAUGGAACAUAUUGACAUUGAAGAGAGCGAAGAGAAUUCAAUGCAGGUACCAUUUGUACGAGUAUCGCACAGUAUGUUAGAAUACAGGAAUAGUAGAUAUAUAACUACAGAUAGAAAUUCCCGUCGAUACGCAGUGGAAUCGUAUACGAUAAGCGAGUCUGAGAGUGAAGAAGAAUCCGAAAGAACAAAAUCAUUGGACACAAAUUCCGCGAUAAUCGUGGAUCAUACUGAUGACUCGGUUCCCAAAUUAAAGUCGGUUGAUAACACAGCUUGUAUAGAUUCUAAAAGGAAAAAUGCACGUCGAGUUGCAGAAGAAUUGUUAGCUACUGAAAAGAAUUAUGUUAAUAUUUUACGAUUGAUCGAUCAAGUAUUCCAGUUCAAAAUCGAUCAAGAGAAUAGAGCACAUCCUAUGUUUCCUCCAGAGACUGUUCAACAUAUGUUCUCUAAUAUCAAAUCGAUUUAUAAGUUUCACAACGAUUUUCUGUUACCCCAACUUCAAGAGAGGAUGCAAAAUUGGGAAUCGGAUCGUAGAAUCGGAGAUAUAAUGAAGAAUUUUGCACCUUUUCUUAAGAUGUACACAGAAUAUGUAAAAAACUUUGAUUAUGCCAUGAACUUGAUACAGACUCUUCAAAUUAAAGUCGCUAGAUUUGCUGCGAUUAUCAACGAGAUUCAAAAAUUGGACGAGUGUGCCAAGUUAUCGUUGCCACAUCAUAUGUUAAGCCCUAUACAAAGAUUACCAAGAUACGAGCUUCUUCUGAAAGAUUAUUUGAGAAACCUCACAGAAGAAAAUGCUGAUUACAAGGAUACUAAAAAGGCGUUGGAAUUAGUAUCUACUGCUGCUAAUCACACGAAUGAUGCAAUGAAGAAGAUUGACAAGUUUAAAAAGCUUCUUGAAAUACAAGAGAGUAUAUACGAUACAACAGACCUAGUUAGUGCUACGCGGGAGCUUGUAAAAGAGGGUCGUAUUGUUAAAAUUUCAGCAAGAAGCGGUGAUCAUCAAGAAAGACAUUUGUUUCUGUUUACUGAUUUAUUAUUACUUUGUUCGAUAAGAUUAAUACCCGGACCAUUGUAUCGAUUAAGAGCUAAAUUCCUGAUCGAAAAUUUGCAAGUGAUCGAAGGAGACAACCUAGAAACAGCAAACACAUUUUACAUAAGAGAUGAAGAUAAAAGCGUUGAAUUAUAUACGCAUGUGGCUGAAGAAAAGGCAGCUUGGCUCGAAGCGUUGUUCGACACUAUGCAAGAAAUGAUGAAAAGAAAAGCGAGUCUAAAAACUGGCGAUGUGAAGACUCUUGUCGUAAAGACUGAUGAUGUAUCUAGAUGUAUGAUAUGUGAAGUCAUAUUUUCCGUGAUGAAACGAAAACAUAAUUGCAGAGCUUGCGGAAUAGUUGUCUGCGGUAAAUGUUCAAAUCAAAAGUUAUUAUUCGAGGAUAACAAGAAUAUGAGAGUUUGCCGGCUCUGUUAUACCGCUUUAACGCAACCGCUUGUUAAAUCACCUUCUUCGACAUCUACGUCCGGCCCAGUACCCAGUUUAUUACAAGUUUCAGCAAGCGCAUCGUCCGUUAUAUCUGGAUAUCUUAUGUUAAAAACACAACCAAGUAAAUCUUGGACACGACGAUGGUUUGCAUUACAUGCAGAUUUUGUUUUGUACACUUUUAAGUCUGAAUCUGAAAAUAUGGCUCUGACGGCAACUCCUAUGCCUGGUUUCAUUGUUACGGAAGGUAUUAAAUUGUCUGACGAAGAUCCUUUAAGUCACAAGGACAGACCCAAAGCUCUUAAAAUGCAUCAUUCUAGGAAAAGUUACUAUUUACAAGCGUUAUCAAAUGAAGAUAAACAGAAAUGGUUCCAUGCUUUACAAUUAGCUACUAAAGCAGAAUUACCUUCAUUAGCAACAACGGAAAAUGAAGACGCACAAAAAGAUCAAUUAAUUGUCCAUACGCGAUAAAUAAUUUAUCGAUCUUAUCUAUGAUAUCCAAGUUAACCUUUUACUGCCAUUAACGUAUAAGAUCGCAGAGUGAUAAAGUAAUCGUUAGUAGAUAAUUAACACAUGAAAGUGGCGUUAACUUAUGUUAUAUAAUAUACAGAUACAUGCAUAAACAGAUUGUUAUUGGUGUACUGUGUGUCGUUUUAACGGCGACCACAUUGCCAAAACGCUUGUUGUACAAUAUUUUGUACCAUUUUGUUAUAUAUUUAAAAAUAUAUAAGUAUAUAUUUACAUAA